CCAUACAAAGACUCUAACAACAAACAAUGACUCUCAAAUCCAAAUCUAUCCCCCUCCUCCUCACUCUCACUCUCACUCUCCUGGUUCCAUUUGUUCUCUCUGUUGGCUCCGCCGCUUACGACGGCCGGAAGGAGGCGGCGGGGGCUGUGGGCGGUUGGUUGUUGAUCAAGAACCUGAAGGCAGCGGAGGUGCAAGAGGUAGCGCAGUUUGCGGUGAGCGGGCACAACAAGCAGGCCAAUGCGAAGUUGGUGUUGGAGAGAGUUGUUCGGGGCGAAACCAAGGUUGUUUCUGGCACGAAUUACCGACUCGUCAUCGCCGCUAAAGAUGGUGGGCUUUCCAGCAAGUACGAAGCAAUUGUUUGGGUUAAGCUUUGGGAGCAUUAUAGGAACCUUACUUCCUUCAUAAAGUUGUAGGGUUAAUGUGACCAUCGUGGAGUUUUAUGAAAUGUGCUGCAUUGUAAAAUCUGUACCCAAAUUUUAAUGAUAAUAAAAA